CUUUAUUUUACUCUGUGGCAUAUUUGUUUGACAUUUUAGAAAUCUGGCAGUAUUUAGCUUUAAGUUUAAACUUUUUUUAUUCAUUUAAAUGAGUAGGGUGCGGAUCGACAAAAGAAAAAACAGUAGGUAGGAAUUUUAAAAUGCCAAUGGCAACAUUGGCAACGAUUCCUUUGUUUCGGGGAUUUCCCAUAACAUCUCUGGUCGAAUUUGUAGUUCACUCCAUUGUAAAUCUUAUGGGCCUACCACACGCACAAGCUUCACCACAGUUUUGCCUGCGCAGGCCGGUUUGUACACGGAACACGGUGCGUGUAGUUGGUAAAACUGUAUCACGCGCCAACCCCACAGCGCGGCCUGCGCAAUUUUCGACUUGCUUGAAAUUUUGCCUGCGCAAGCCCGGCCUGCGCGUACUUGUCUGUGCGUGUGGUUGGGCGUUCAGUGUUCAAGCCACAGUCGAGUGUACUUUGUGUCGAGGCUCGCUCGUCGUUUCACGAGGUCGUUCGUCAUCGUCACACAAAAAUGGUAGAUUUGCGUACGUACAAUCGCGAAUUCACGUCUGAAUUAAUUAGUUAAUACAAAUCUCUGCCUGCACUCUGGAAAUUUAAAUCUAAAGAUUAUUCCGACCGAAAUAAAAAGAACGACGCCUACGAAAGAAUGAUAAAUAAAAUGAAAGAGGUAUGAACAUAAUUUUUGCAACUAAAUACCUAUGCCUAAUACCUACUACCUACCUACUUGCACAUAUUAUGUACAUAUCCUAUCGUUUUUACAUGUUUUUUUUAAUAGCAAACACUUGAAAAAUAGUAGCAUAAGAAAUGUUUCUUCAUUAGGAAACAUUGUUUCCACGCCAAUGAUUUCGAUAAGAAUGAGGCUUGCGCGUACUUAACUGUGCCGUGUGGUAACGCACAAAGUGUACAGUUUUUUCGUGCGAGAUGCUUGCGCAGGCCAAACUGUGGUGAAGCUUGUGCGUGUGGUAAGCGCAUUAAAGUGCGGAACAUAAUGUUUAUAUUACCUUUACUUUUAUUAGUCAGUUGUUUAUGUAAUUAGUCGGACUAGAAAAACUGUCGGAGACACAAUUUUGUUUUGUUUCUGAUUUCGUGCAGUGUGUGUGAAUGGUUACCAUAAUACCAUGAAACGUAAAUAUUCACGAUUACAUCGCGUAGUGGGAGCAAGAUCCAUCACUUUCGGCGUGGUUAUCAAAAACGAAAGAUGAAGAUGUUGCAUUGUGUAAAACAUGUAACACUAAGUUGAUGCCUACGUUAUCUAUUAUAUAAGAACAUGCAACCACUACUAAGCAUACGAAUGUCAAUGUCAUUAAAAGACAGAUCAGCGUUGUCGAUCUAUAUUGGCAUUAUUUCGGCAUUUUAAGCUUAAAAUUUUGGAAGGAUUUGUCAGUUUUUUGCCUAAUCGGGGUAGGAUCUCUAAUUUAAGGUUGGUCACGCUGGCUGAGCGAUAAAUACUUAAAAGAUUCUGCAUCUCCAUCUUUAUUACGUGUAUAGCGCCGUCUUGCAUUUUAGUUCUAAUAUGAUGGAUAGUGCGUAGGGACUUAAUUUAGAUCCAUAGACAUAGUUUGGAUCUCAGCGACUGUAUUCUUUGCCUUCCCUUAUAGGGAGGCUAUUACAAGCAAACGCUAGGUAAACAAAUAAAAAUCUGCUUGAACCUGUGAAUUAUUUUACGUAUUAAUAGUUAAUAUUUUGUUCUUUCCUUAUUAAUUUAUUACCAAACUGCAUACACAAAGAUCUCAUUCUCACCAUGAUUGUAUUACAUAGAUUCCUACAUACAUUGUUAAUAGUUAUUGUUUCUAAUGGUUUGGAGGCAGAAAAACAUGAUGAUUCCUUGAUAAAUGUGUACAUUGAAAAAGAUUAUAAAUUGGUAUUACCUGAACAAUGUUCUGCACUCCUUGACGUAUUUGCCGAGACUGUUUCCAACUUUACACUAUGUUCAAUUAAAUAUGCUAGACCAAUAAGACUCUGUGAAAAAUGUGUGAAACAUUAUGUAGAGUUUCAAACAAAUUAUUUAAAAUUAGAAAACACCAUCGUAAAUAAUACCUCAUGCCUCUCAUUUUUCAUUUCACAAGAUAGAUUAAAUGCUUUCCAAGAGUAUUAUAAUAAUAUAAUUACAAUAUGGGAUAAAGGACACUGUAGUGACUGCUUUGAUUGGUCCGCUAAUGUACCAAAAAUAAAAAAUAGCACAAUGGUUUUCAACAAUAUGUUCAGCAACACAAUAAAUUGCAUUACAAAUAAUAUGAAUCCCUUACAAAAUGACACACAAGAAAUUUGUUUGAAUUGUAUGCAGUCCUAUGUUGCAUUAGAUGAUUUUUACAAAUCUCUAAGCAAAGACUCUAUUGGGGUUGAUAGCAUUUGUAUGGAUAUUGUGGAUUCGAUGAAUACUACAAGAUCAAUUUGGAGUAAAACCUUACACUGCUGUGACAUCAGGAAGACACCAGAAUUGAUAUUCCUGUGUUGCACAGGAAUUAUUGCACUUCUUCCUUUGUUAUUUUAUGUGACUGUUAGGUAUUGCAGACCAAUCAGGGAUUUACCUAAUGUACUCAAAGAGUCAAGAUUCAAGCAGUCUAUUUUAAGAUCAGUUCAAGGAAGGAUAAAUUAACAAGGCAACAAUAACAAUUGCAAGCUUGUAGAGUGGACUGUUAUAAAACAAUUUCUUCGUUACAGUUUUAUAAUAAAGAAACACAAUAUGCAAAAAAUAUUAGGUCAUUCAUUAGACCACUCUUCAUCAAUCUAGUAGAGCAUUGAUUAGACUGUUACUAUUGGUUCAUGAAAGGUGGUUGAAAUCUGCACUACAUAACUUUGCCUCAAUAGCGCUAAUAUAAAAUAUCUUAAGGCAAUACAACUAAAGUGCAACCAAGAUCUUGUGGCAUGUGGCUAAAAUCGGAAGACACUUUUUUACCCGACUGCGCAAUGCAAGAGCGCGAAGCGCAGACAGGGUAUAGUGUUUAACAGCCUAUAUAUGUAUGUUUGUUCCUUUGUGGCACUAGAGACCAAACGCGUGGACCGAUUUUGAUGAUUCAUACAUCAAUCGAUUCGUCUUAAUCAUGGGAGUGCUACUAAAGAUAUAAUA